AUGGCAGACGCGAAGCUCUCCGCGCUAUACUGCGACCCCGACGCGGACGUCAUUUUUCGCUCAUGCGACGCCGUCGACUUCCGCCUGCACAAGCUCAUCCUGCACAAAGCGUCGCCCGUCUUCCGCGACAUGUUCGGCCUCCCCGAGGAUCCCGCGCAGCGCGGUAUUCCGCAGACUGUGGCCAUGACCGAAGACGCGAUGACGCUGCAGGACCUGCUGUCGUUCUGCUAUCCCUUCCCACGCCCGGACUUCCAGAAUCUCGAUCGGCUUCUCUCCGUCCUUCGCGCAUCACUCAAGUACGACAUGGCCUUCCUCGUCGGUGAACUCGGACGCCACCUGAAACUCUUUGUCCCCGCCGAGCCCCUGCGCGUAUAUGCCAUCGCGUAUACCAUGCUCGACGACGCCGACCUCGCACGCGCCGCGGCGAAGCAGCUCCUCCACGACCCCCUCUUCUCCGACCCCCUCGUGCCCCCGCCGGAGUUUGACAGCCUCCCCGCCCGCGCGCUAAGCAUCGUGGGGGCGUACCGCCGCCAAUGCAUCGUCGCCGCCCAAACGGUCCUGCUCGACUUCGACUGGAUGAUGUGGGCGUGGCUGUCGUGCCCGUCGUGCGCACGCGGCGCGAGCGGGAUCAUCGUGCACAAGCGCGUGGAUGCGCGCGAGCGGGCGAUCUGGCCGCGCGCGUGGUGGCAGACGUAUGCGGACGCGGUCGCGAAGGAGCUGGCGCUGCGCCCCGUGGGCGCGGUCGUUACUAGGAUUGAGCUUAUGCGGCCUGCGGUGGAGGAGGCUGCGAAGUGUACGACGUGUGCGCCGAGGGCGAUGGUGGACUUGGUGGAGUAUGCGAAUGCGAUGGCGAAGCGGAUCGAUGAAGCGACGUCCAAGGUAAGGCGCCAUUUAUCACGGUUGAAGUUCUGGAACGCAGUGGGCUAA